AUGUGUUACCCUUUCAAGCCCGACGACUGCCGACGUCUAGGCUUCUCAUCUUCGUCUCACACAUCUGUUACCUGUGAUCUGAGGAAGAAGAUUCCAAGAAUUUGCCAUUUUUCUAGGCUUCUCCUAAUCGGCGACAGUGGUGUUGGUAAGAGUUGUCUCCUUUUACGAUUUUCAGAUGGUUCCUUCACCACUAGUUUCAUAACAACUAUAGGUAUUGAUUUUAAGAUAAGAACCAUUGAACUUGAUGGAAAACGAAUCAAACUUCAAAUCUGGGACACCGCUGGUCAAGAACGAUUCAGAACAAUCACAACCGCUUAUUAUCGUGGAGCCAUGGGUAUUCUGUUGGUGUAUGAUGUAACUGAUGAAUCAUCAUUUAACAACAUCAGGAAUUGGAUCCGUAACAUAGAACAACAUGCAUCUGAUAAUGUAAACAAGAUACUGGUUGGAAACAAGGCUGACAUGGAUGAAAGCAAAAGGGCUGUUCCUACCUCAAAGGGUCAGGCACUUGCAGACGAGUAUGGCAUUAAGUUCUUUGAGACUAGUGCAAAAACGAAUAUGAAUGUGGAGGAAGUGUUUUUCUCUAUAGCUAGGGAUAUAAAGCAAAGACUUGCUGAAACUGAUACAAAGGCUGAGCCACAGACAAUUAAGAUUAAUCAACAAGGGCAAGGUGCAGGGUCUUCUGAAAGUGCUAAAAAAUCAGGGUGUUGUGGAUCCUAAUAAUUGAAAAAAGGUUAGCCACAUUGACAAAAGAAGAAUGUGGAUAGGGGGAUUCUAUACUAAUCUUGCUAUGACAACAUUAAGGUUGAUUGUAUUUUUGUCAGCAUUCUAAAAUUUUAUUUACUAAGUUGUGUUUCAAAAGCUGGUUCCUAUUGUGAGAAAUCAAUCAAAUCAUGUUAUGUCAUUUUUUUAAUGUUCAUGUAUUGUUUCUUACGUGGUAGGUCCUUGUGGUUUCAUUUUGUUACAAAAGUGAUUUAUUAUCAUUUUUUUUAUUUCUCUUUUAUUUAACUUCAUUUAAAAAAAAUAGAAAUUUAAAUUAAAACCCAUUACAUCUACCCACCAACCCCACCUGUUUUUCUCUCCCUUCUUCCAUUGUCCAUCACCAAUUCACCACCACGAGCCACUGUCCACCACCAUGAUCACUAACUACUGGUUGUUGUCGAAUGUGA